GAAAAUAACCAAAGAGACAACCUCAAUCAAAUGGCUUCCCUACAAGCUUCACCUCUCAUACUCUCUUCUUCAAAGAAAAUCAGUGCUGCUAUUCCUGUCCCAAAACUUCCGAGAGUCCCUUUGUCAGUUCCAAAAAUACCAAAAAGAUCUGUGGUUGAAGAAUUGAACAUAAGGGCUGGGUUUACAAAAACAGUCCCAAUUGAUGUUGAAUCAUACAACUCCACUAGUAUUGCAAAUACCCAACUCUAUGCUCUUUUAGAAGCUGUAGCUGAUAGGGUAGAGAUGCACAAUAACAUUGGAAAGCAACGUGACAAUUGGAACACCCUUCUUUUGAACUCCAUCAACAUGAUAACUCUUACUGCUGCAACCUUAACUGGUGUUGGAGCAAUUGGAGGCGCUGGAAUGCCUCUACUGGCUUUGAAAUUAUCGUCCGCGCUAUUGUACUCUGCAGCCACAGGAUUGUUGCUUAUAAUGAGCAAAAUUCAGCCCUCACAACUCGCUGAGGAACAACGUAAUGCUACCAGAUUGUUCAAGCAACUUCAAAGCCAAAUCCAAACUAUCCUCACUCUUGGCAAUCCAACUCAGGAGGAUGUGAAAAUUGUGAUGGAAAAGGUCUUGGCUCUUGAUAAAGCCUUCCCACUUCCCUUGCUAGGAGCAAUGCUCGAAAAGUUUCCUUCAAAGUUUGAACCUGCUGUUUGGUGGCCAUCAAAACAAUCACAGAACAAAACCAAAGCACAAGAAGGUAAAUUUCAUAAGAUGGCGAAGAAUGGUUGGAGUGAGGAGCUGGAAGUUGAAAUGAGAGAUAUUAUUGAAGUGGUGAAGAGAAAAGACAUUAAAGACUAUGCAAGGCUAGGCAACUUGAUGUUAAAGAUCAACAAGAUUUUGGCUAUCACAGGCCCAUUACUCACUGGCAUUGCUGCCAUCGGUUCCACUUUUGUGGGUAAUGGAUCAUGGGCAGCGAUAAUAGCGGUGGCUGCUGGGGCAUUAGGAAGUGCUGUUAAUGCUUUUGAACAUGGUGGACAAGUUGGAAUGGUGUUUGAGAUGUAUAGAAACAACGCUGGCUUCUUUCGCCUAUUGGAAGAAUCAAUUGAAGGCACACUUGAAGAAAAAGAUUUGGAAAAAAGAGAGAAUGGGGAGUUGUUUGAGAUGAAGUUGGCUUUGAAGUUCGGACGAAGCUUGUCACAGCUAAAAGAACUUGCACGAAAAUCUGCUUAUUCCCGAAGAGAGGGAACUUCAAUUGAUGAAUUUGCAAACAAGCUUUUCUAAUUUUAGUUCUGCAAAUAGUUUUUCUUUGACUGUUUGAUUCUUCUGACAAACAAAAUUUUUGUAUAACCAUGUAAUAUUGAAAAGGGUUAACUUUGAUUCUUUGAUUCUUUCUAACAAUUGUACUCUUUGUAUAACUAUAUGUUACAAUACAAAAAGGUUGA